AUGCCUAUGCUGGCGUCGUCACGAGUCGAGUCGCGCAUCCUGCCGCGCCUCGCACAGGUUCCCAAGUGCCUGGCUGCCCACCAGGCUCAGGCUCGCCGUGUGCGGUGGGCAAGCACAAAUGGUGAUAAGCCCCAGAGGGAGCGCGUCGUCAUCCUCGGCUCGGGAUGGGCUGGCUACGCCCUCGGCCGCACGCUGUCGCCGAAAACGAGUGACCGUGUCAUCGUCUCGCCUCGCUCCCACUUCGUCUUCACCCCUCUGCUAGCCGGAACAGCCGUCGGUACUCUCGAAUUCCGAACUGCCGUCGAGCCCGUCCGCCGCCUCGGCUUGUCCGAAUUCCAUCAGGCUUGGGUCAAUGACAUAGACUUUGAUCGUCGUGUCGUCCGUAUCCAGCCCAACACCCGUGACGAUGUCACCUCUCGCACAGGCAACGCGCCUACUGCCGUCGACGACGAGAGCCAGUACGAGGUUCCUUACGACAAGCUCGUCGUGGCUGUCGGUUGCUCCAGCCAGACCUUCAACAUCGAGGGUGUUCGCGAGCACGCCUCGUUCCUGCGCGACGUCGGUGAUGCCCGCGCCAUCCGUCUGCGCGUCCUCCAGGCCUUCGAGAAGGCUGCUAUUCCCACAGCUACGGAGAAGAGGAGGAAGAAGCUCCUCCACUUUGCCGUCGUCGGCGGUGGCCCUACUGGUAUCGAGUUCUCUGCCGAGCUGCACGACCUGGUGCACGAAGACAUUGCUCGCCUGUACCCUCACCUGAUCCCCUAUGUCCGCAUCACCGUCUACGACAUUGCGCCCAAGGUGCUGCCUAUGUUCGACCGCAAGCUUGCCGACUAUGCCACCGAGACCUUUAGCCGCCAGGGCAUCCGUAUCAAGACCCAGCACGCCAUGCAGCGCCUACGCAAGGAGGACGACUUCCUCAUGAUGCGCUUCGCCCAGGAGCCUGAGGAGAUCCCCGCCAGCGUCGUCGUAUGGAGCACCGGUCUGACCCAGAACCCCCUGCUCAAGAAGCUUCACGAGAAGCAUAUCGGCGAGAGUGGCACCACGACGCUCGCCCGUGACCCCAGGACUGGCGGUAUCAUUGUCGACAGACACCUCCGCGUGCAGAUCCAGGAUGGCCCCGACGGCAAGAACAGGCGUACCCUACCCGACGUCUACGCUAUCGGCGACUGCUCCGUGAUCGAGGACUCGAGGCUGCCCCCCACGGCCCAGGUUGCUAACCAGCAGGCUAUCUACCUCGGAAAGCGCCUUAACAAGGGCGACCACGAUGAGGUCCCCUUCCGCUUCCGUAACCUCGGCGUCAUGGCCUACAUCGGUGGCUGGCGCGCCAUCCACCAGAGCAGCGCCGACGAGCUGGCUGGUCGCGCCGCCUGGGUCCUCUGGCGCACUGCCUACCUCACCCGCAGCAUGAGUCUGCGUAACAAGAUACUCGUCCCCGUGUACUGGUGCAUUAAUUGGCUCUUUGGCCGUGACAUUUCGAGGUUCUAA